AUGGGUUUCCCUUGCACUUUUAAUGUUUCUAGUAUUGGAAGAAGUGCUGGUCUAGUUCUAGCCUGGAAAAAGGAAAUUCAACUCAACAUUUUAUCCUCAAGCUUGAGGGGCAUUUAUGUCACAUCUAUAGACAUUAUUCACUCUAAAAUUUGUCACAUUUAUUUUAUGCAUGGUGAACCCAACAGUAGUUUGAGGCAUGCUUUCUGGGAACAACAAUGCCAACUGUCUAAUGCUCCUUUAGAUGAACCAGUUUUCUUUGUAUGUGAUUUUAAUGCGCUCCUAGGAACUGAGGAUAAGAAUGGUGGUCUAGAGGUUGAUGAUUCUGAUUUUUCAAAUCUUAGAAACUUUUGUUCAGUAUUUAACUUACAUGACCCUGGUUUUUCUGGUCUCAUAUUUACUUGGUAUAAUAUGCAACAGGGUCCUGAUCUUAUUCUUGAAAGAUUAGAUAGGUGUAUUAUAAACCAUUCUGCUGAGUAUUUAUAUCCUAAACUCUGUGUAAACUAUUUACCUAGAGAAUUUUCUAAUCACUGCCCUAUGCAUAUAGGUUGCAAUUAUGAGGAUGUUUGUACACCCAGACCUUUCCACUUUAUGGCUAUGUGGAUUAAAGAUCCUACUUGUAUAGAUAUCAUUGCCAACUCUUGGUCUGUUAAUGUAGUGGGAUCUCCGGCCUAUAACCUAAAAGCUAAGCUUUUAAGUACCAAGAGAUUGGAAUAA